AAUAUUACUAAACAAAUAAGUCCUAAAGAAACACAAAUUUCAAGAAGAUAAACUAGCAGUUUAAGAAAAUGCCUGGAGGAUCUGUGAAUGGUAGGCCUUUUCGAGAGACCGUAGAUUCAUAUUCACGGACUGGUAUUCCAUGUGGUAACCCAAGACGUUAUCAGAGUCAUGAUGUGGUGCGAAUGGAGGCUGGAGUGCGGUCAAGGUCGAAGGUCAUUGAUGGUCCGCUGGAGUCCAUUGAAACUGAAGGCCAAAGACAACUCAAAUCUAUGCUCCAGAAACAAUUGGACACAAAAGUGACUUUACAACAACAAUUGGGACAAAAGCGAGAGUUUUCAAAAGGAGCAGAUUAUUUAGCGUCUCCAGAAGAAUUGUCAGGGACAAGAAACCUAAGUGACUUCAUUGCAGUUGGAGAAGUGGAUAAAUAUAUUGAAGAAAUGAAAAAUCUUGGACUGACCCACGAAGAAAUUUUGUACAAGUUACAAAUGGAGAAUGAUGGAAGUUUGCUAAAGAAAGGUAGAUUGAGUAACCCUGACUUUACUGCAUCAAAGUUGGCAGAGAUUAAUGACAAGAUAGCUCAGAAAAAACAAAAUCUCUCAAAACCUGACAGCUUUUCAAAUGUGAAGCCAUUAUCCAGACAUGAAAUGGACCUUGAAAAUGCAAUAGCUACAGCGAGUUCUCAAAAUAAAUUCCUCCACAAAACUCUUAUAAAGGAAAAAGAAACUAGUCCAAAUGAUCCCUUGAAUUGUAUACCAGAAAUUCUUGAAAAGUUUUCCAGUGAUGCACGUCUUGAUACCAAAAAACACAGAAAGAUGGACAAGAAAAGUUAUAAAAAAGAGUGUACGCUAGAGUGCUGCAAUCCAACAUUUAUUUCAGAAUGUCCAGAAUGUAGCAGACGCAAACUUGAUAAUUCACAAACUGAAAGCGAGGCUUGCUCAUCAUGUGACACAUCAUGUGAUCAAUGUCAGAUGACAUGUGACCAUGAAAUAAAAAUUCAAACUUGUGAAGAAAAACCAGCAGACUAUGUAUCAAAAAUUGAAGAAAAAAGUACUGAAAAUAGACCGAAACUAGAGAAGAAAAUUCAUCAAAAGUCAACUUCUUUUACAGUAAAAUCUAUGAAAAAUACAGGAAUUUCUAAGCCAAAUAUGCCAGACAAUUUCAGUGUACUAGAUAAUCAAGAUGCAGAAAAAAUAAGAGAAAUAGAAAAUGUUGAAGCCAUUCCUGAGAGUGCAAUCAGACAAUAUAAACUGACUGCUGAGGAAGUGAAAAAGUUACCAAGAUUUGAAAUGUACUCCCCAGGAGAACCUAGUCAUGUGCUAUUUGUUAAGAAUCUAUCCCCAAAAGUCAGAGAACAAGAUCUGGCGUCACUUUUUAUACAGUUUCAAGAUGAUGAUAAUGAUAGAAUUGUGUUUAAACUUCUUAACGGACGGAUGAAAGGACAGGCCUUUGUUACUUUUAGCAGCACAGAUAAAGCAAGUCAGGCCCUGGAACUUGUUCAUGGAUAUGAUUUUAAAGGGAAACCUGUUAUAAUUCAGUUUGGAAGAAAAUCGUCAUGACAACAUGUUGAUAUGUUUAAUAUAACUGGAAGUGUCAUAUGGAAAUGCUGUAAAUGCCCACAAAAGCUGUGAAAACGUUUAAAUAAGAUUACUAAUAAUAUGUUCAAAUUCAUCUGAGAUAUAAAUUAAUUUGUGACUGAUUAAGAAUGUUGUAUUUACAUUAUGUUGCAUUAUAAACCAAAUUUUGAUAUCUUUAUUUGCUGAACUGGGAUUCAAAGCAAAUAAUUUAAGAUUGUAUCCUGUAAAUAUGUUGACCUCAUUCUGUUUACUAUUUAUUAAAAA